CGGGCCGAUGCAGGGCUCGGUGCGGCGCCGGCCGUUCCCCGCGGCGGCCCCGGGCUCGCCCCCGCCCGCCGGGCCGCUCUACCCGGGCAGGCACGGCGCGGGCGCGGCGCAGGGCGCUCCCGGCGCGGCCCCCUUCCACCUGGACCUGUGGUUCUACUUCACCCUGCAGAACUGGGUGCUGGACUUCGGGCGCCCCAUCGCCAUGAUCAUCCUCCCUCUGGAAUGGUUCCCCCUGAACAAACCCAGCGCUGGGGAUUAUUUCCACAUGGCCUACAACGUCAUCACCCCCUUCCUGCUGCUCAAGCAUCAUCACGCUGGUGAUGGGCGCCAGCAUCCACCUGGUGGGGGACUCGGUCAACCACCGGCUCGUCUUCAGCGGCUACCAGCACCACCUGUCCGUGCGGGAGAACCCCGUCAUCAGGGCGCUGCGCCCCGAGACCCUGAUCGACUCCUUCGAGCUGCUCUAUUACUACGACGAGUACCUGGGGCACUGCAUGUGGUACAUCCCGUUUUUCCUGAUCCUCUUCAUUUACUUCACCGGCUGCUUCACGCCCGCGGCGGAGCGGAGCGGGAUCGGGAGCGGGAUCGGGAUGCCCCCGGCCGCCCUGCUCCUGGUGGGACCCAGCAGCCUCUACUACUGGUACCUGGUGACCGAGGGCCAGAUCUUCCUCCUCUUCCUCUUCACCUUCUUCGCCAUGACGGCGCUGGUGCUGCGCCAGCGGCGCCAGGGGCUGGCGCUGGACAGCAACGGCCUCUUCCUCCUGCACUCCUUCCUCCUCGCCCUCCUCCUCAUCGCCGCCUGGGUGGGCUGGCUCUGGAACGAUCCCACCCUCCGGAAAAAAUACCCCGGGGUGAUCUACGUCCCCGAGCCCUGGGCCUUCUACAGCCUGCACGUGGGCGGCCCGCGCGCGUCGCGCUGAGGGGAGGGAAAACGGCGGGGAAAGGGGAGAAAACGGACGGAGAGACGGGAGUUCUGGUUUUUGUAACCCAGGCGAAGUUUCUGUCCCAAGAUCAAAUUAACGAGUUCAAGGAAUGUUUCUCGCUGUACGACAAGAGGCGGAAGGGGAAGAUCCAGGGCUCGGAGCUGCUGGCGGUGAUGAGGAGCCUGGGGGUCAGCCCCACGCCGGGAGAGGUGCACAGGCACCUGCAGCUGCACGGCAUCGACGGGAACGCGGAGCUGGAUUUCUCCACCUUCCUGACCAUCAUGUACAGGCAGAUGAAGCAGGAGGAGCCGGAGCGGGAGAUCCUGCGGGCGCUGGCCAUGAUGGACCGGCACGGCCGCGGCGUCAUCGCCGUGCCCGAGCUCCGCGCCAAGCUCACCCGCCUGGGCGAGAAACUCUCCGAGGAGGAAGUGGAUGACCUGCUGAAGGAAGCCAGAGUCGGGCCCAACGGGACCAUCAAGUACGAGGAAUUUGUGCGCAACAUUUGCCUGCCUGCGGUCGAUUACUGAAAUCCAGCGCCAGAUUUCCUAGGAGCAGGACCCGGAGAAGUUUUUAUUUCUGUUUCUCCCGGUUUCCAGCCGGACUCAAACUCAUCAGCUGCCUUUCAAAACCUGAUUUUUGCCUUCGCUUUGCGCUGACGCUUCCAUGGGUUCCCCCUGCCGUGAUCCCUGGAAAAACAAGAUGUGAGCCGUUACUGAAAUAAACGGGAAUAACGACGCGGGUCGGGCUGCGGGGAGUGACUUUAAAAAGCAUUU